AUGGUGCUUUCUCCCCUCGCCCUCGAUGAGGCAGUGAUUGGCACACGCUACAGUCGGCUGUGGGGCACUGUUGGAGCCAUCUGCCCCAGUCGUGUAGAAAAGCCUCCCAGCCAUGACAGGAAUGUGCCUCCUCCUCUUCUUCCUUCUCCUCCUCUCCUCCUCUUCCUCCUCUUCCUCACAGUGUGCUGUUGUGUUUGUGUUGCAGUGUUGAACUAUGAGAAUGUGGUUGAGACGGGUUCGGAGACAGACGAGGACGACAGGAACCUGGUCUCUGAGGACGGCGGCCUCGCUAACGGUGGAGGAGGAGGAGGAGGGGAGGAUGAGGAUGCGGGCAGCCCGGCCGGCGUGCCCACUCUGGAGGCGUCGCCCCGGGUUGCCCAUGCCCUGCUGUCCUACCGGGACCAGGAGGGCUCCGAGGACCGGGAGGGACUCCAGAACCACCACCACUGGAGGUUUGGGGACGACAGCAACGGACACCUGAACGGCGGCGAUCACAGGAAGGACGAGUAUGAACCUCUCGGUCCGGAGGCUGCGGGGAACGGUUCAGGUGAGAUCAAUAAUUCAUUUUAUUAUCAUCUAUCUCCUCCACUAUCUGCUUCACUAAAUACUAUUACAGUUCCACUGCCUCGUAAUCUGCUUCCCACUCGUCCUCCGUCACAUGAUAACUCUUUGUUUCUCUGUCUGCAGCCACCGCUGCUGAACGAAGGAGCUGGAAACCGCAAGUUCAAAUGCAGCGAAUGUGGAAAAGCCUUCAAAUACAAACAUCACCUGAAGGAGCAUCUUCGUAUUCAUAGCGGCGAGAAGCCAUACGAGUGCUCCAACUGUAAGAAGCGAUUCUCCCACUCCGGCUCAUACAGCUCCCACAUCAGCAGCAAGAAAUGCAUCGGCCUGAUCGCUGUCAACGGACGAGUACGCAAUGGCAACAACGGCAAACCUGGCUCCUCCCCCAACUCCACCAACUCAUCGCCUGGAAGCCCCGCCCUCGCCCAGCUCCGCCACAAACUGGAAAACGGGAGACCGCUCGGCCCUCUGGACCAGCAGGGUCAGCUGGACAUCAAAGCCGAGCCGAUGGACUUCAACGAGUACCGGCUGCUGAUGGCCUCUCAGCACGGGUUUGGGGCAGCGGGCGUUUACUUAAAUGGACGUGGAGGAAGCCCACUGGGCAUCCACAGCUCCUCCCAGAGCCCCCAUCAACAUCUGGGAGGCAUGGGGCUAGAGCUCCCCCUACUGGGCUACGCAGGGCCUUUCGGAAACAACCUGAGCGAGGUGCAGAAGGUGCUUCAGAUCGUGGACAACACGGUGUGCCGGCAGAAGAUGGACGGGAACCCAGAGGAGAUCUCCAAGCUCAGGGCCUACAUGAAGGAACUGGGGGCCCAGAUGGAGGAGCAUAAGCUGGCCCAGGCCGGCUUCCAGGUGGUGGGCCAUGGUAGCCCCACAAAGAGCAUCAUUGACUACACUCUGGAGAAGGUCAACGAGGCCAAGAGUCUGAUUGACGACUCCAAGAGGCAAGUAGACAUCAAGAAGGAGAAGCCAAACCACUCAGUUGAUUUCGGCGGUGAGGAGAAAUCCCACGACAGCCAGAACCAGUUCCUACCAUUCUCCUGCCAGUACUGCAAGGAGACCUUUCCUGGGCCCAUCCCACUGCAUCAACAUGAGCGCUACCUGUGCAAAAUGAACGAGGAGAUCAAAGCAGUCCUGCAGCCAGCUGAGGCCAGUCCUGGCGGUCGCAGGGGCUCAAUGCCCUCUGAGCUGUCCAGUAACGAGCGGGCCACCAGCCCCAUCAACCCCUUCAAGGACCACGUGUCAGUGCUCAAAGCCUAUUUUGCCAUGAACACUGAGCCCAACUCCGAGGAACUGCUCAAGAUUUCAAUUGCUGUAGGCCUUCCUCAAGAGUUUGUCAAGGAGUGGUUUGCCCAGUGGAAGAGCCAAAACCACCUCAGAGGCAGUCUGAGGAAAAAGUCGCCCCCUCCCGACCGCAGCGGACUGGACGUCAACCACAGCUUGAGCCGCUCACCUGCUGUAGAUUUACACGGAGGCUUCACUAAUGGUGACACCUCCCACAGACUCACAAAGGCCAACCAGUUUACAGUCAACAGGCAGACAAAAGGGGACAAACCACUAGACCCCUUGGACCACUUGAGGAGCAACACUCCAUCACCCCUCAACCUUUCCUCUACUUCCUCCAAAAACUCUCAGAGUAGCUCUUACACUCCAAACAGCCUAGCUUCUGAGGAUGCCCAUGGGGAUAUACCACUGGAUCUGUCACUACCCAAACAUAUGGCGCAGAAGCUCAUCUCUGUGGGAGAGAAGCGACCCAGGCCCAACGGUUUCAUCAUUGAGCGCAAUGGUGAGGCACAAGGACCCUUAGAUCUGGGCAACAUCAAGAAGGAGGUCCUGGGCUCUGAUGGUGGAGGGAACUCCGUCCACCAGCUGGAGAAAAGCACCAGUCCCAUCUUUGGGAUUAAUCCCUUCGCUGGCUACACCUCUCUGCCAGCUCACGGGGCGUUUCCUCCACCCACCUUCAUGUCUUCUGCCCAGGCCACCAUCCCAGGCCUCAGGCCCUACCCAGGCCUCGACCCCAUGAGCUUCCUGCCCCAUAUGGCCUACACCUACGCCACCGGGGCAACCACAUUUGCUGAAAUGCAACAAAGGAGAAAGUACCAACGGAAACCAGGUUUCCAGGGGGAGCUGCUGGACGGGACGGCGGACUAUCUGUCAGGCCUGGACGACCUGACAGACAGCGAUUCGCUGCUCUCCAGGAAGAAGAUUAAGAAGACUGAAAGUGGUAUGUACGCGUGUGACUUGUGCGACAAAACAUUCCAGAAGACCAGUUCCCUCCUAAGACACAAAUAUGAGCACACAGGGAAGCGUCCUCACCAGUGUCAGAUCUGUAAGAAAGCCUUCAAACACAAACACCACCUGAUCGAACACUCGCGGCUGCACUCCGGAGAGAAACCCUACCAGUGCGACAAGUGCGGGAAGCGCUUCUCCCACUCGGGCUCGUACUCGCAGCACAUGAACCACCGCUACUCCUACUGCAAGAGGGAGGCGGAGGAGCGCGAAGCAGCCGAGAGGGAGGCCCGAGACAAAGGAGGAGGAGGAGGAGGAGGAGGAGGAGGCCUGGAGCCCACUGAGCUGCUGAUGAGGAGGGCCUACCUGCAGGGGCUGGGGCCACUCGGGUACUCGGACCCAGAGGACCAGCAGGAGGACGGUGGCGGCAGCGGCGGAGGUACCAUCCUGAGGGACGGCAGCGAGGGAAGAGGACGAGAGGAGAGGGAAGUGGACAACAAGACGUACGAGGAGGUGACAGACAGACAGGAGGCAAGUUUCAGGGAAGGAGAGGAAGAGGAGGAGGAUGAAGAAGGUGACAGCAGAAGCCAGAUGGACUCGGCGAGGGACGGCGAGGGCAAAGACACGACGCAGCUGAUGGACGAGAGUUCACGAGAAGGGAAGACAGACGGCAAGUCGGACCAGGAAGACUGAUCCACAAAGCUUAAAGAGCUUUGGAACAUUUGUCACUCCAUUCAGAGAGAAUGCUUUUAUUUUGAAGGGACUGCACACAUUAUAUGGGGAGGAAAUAAAGCGGAUUGUGACAGGAUGAAAAUUCAGCCCAGAUUUAGAUUUUAUUUCAACUUAUAAGAGUUCUUUAAAAAAAGAAAAUAGGACUUUAUUCGUCCCAACAGUCAGAUAAAAGGAACAUGUUCGUUGUUCUGAGCUGAUUUUUUACAGUUUUUACAGUUAAUUCAGAACAAGUUAAAAACAAACAGUGACCUUUGAUUUAUCAGGUUCAGUCUGUUUUUGUCAGAAAUACUUUAUGUUAUCAUCUUUUUGUGACUUUUCUGGCCCUAAAAUGUAAAAUAAGAAAAUGUUUUAUCUCCGAAUUCAUUCUGUAACUUUAUGGAGUCACUUAAGAUUCAUUCGUUAUGAAUGAGUCAUUUUCUAUCUUGUAUGAACCAGUUUUUACCAUUAGCUACCAUGCUACACAGCCUGCUGGCUAGUGGUAAUAACAGCUAAUGCUAACAUUUGUUAGCAAGAAUAAUUGUUGUUUUGAGUAACUAAAGUUACUGCGACAACUUCGUAAGAUACAUCAAUCAUGUCCAACAUUUUUAUUGUAUGAAUCUAAAAUAAAUUCAGGCUUCUAGCUAACAGUUUUGAUGCUAACCACCAGUGAUGACAGUGAUGGCUAAUAUUUGUUAGCUUUGAGCACUUUUAUUUAACCUCUUCAGUUGCUUUUUAUUGAACUCGGAGGUGAACAAACUGUCAGUAGAGAGAAAGUGGAGAUAAGAAGCUGUUGAGACUAAUUAGCACGAGCAUGUUCCCGGGCUGUUAGCAAGUUAGUGGCUAGCUCUCCAACUAACGUAUUUCACCAACAAGGCCUGCGAAAACUAAGUCACCAAACUACUAGAACCUAGAGGGAUCUGUCCGAGGUUUCUGCGCUGUUAAAGGCAGUUUUUUCCUUUCCCCAGUCC